GGACGCAUCCUCCCUGUGAGCACCAUGCACUGCCGGCUGCUUCCUGCUGGAAUGAACCGAGAGAGAGGGGCUUUCAAGGUACCCACCUGUGGAUGUGCGCCGUCAAGAUGCCUCAUCUGAUCAAAGCUCUCGUUCUGCUGCUGUGUCUGCUCGUUACCGGGGAGUGCCGCAAGCAAAGGGUGCGCAGAUGGACCGGCACCGUGGAGACCCAAAAGCAUGGAGCCUCCUUGGCAAAGAAGCCUCCGGAUGUGACCAAGGCUCGCAAGACAAAGACGGAGCAAUUGCUCAAAGUGGACGACCAUGACUUCACCAUGAGGCCGGCGUUUGGAGGACCUGCCAUCCCUGUGGGAGUGGACGUGCAGGUGGAGAGCCUGGACAGCAUCUCUGAGGUGGAUAUGGACUUUACGAUGACCCUGUACCUGAGGCACUACUGGAAGGACGAGCGCCUGUCGUUCACCAGCACCACCAACAAGAGCAUGACGUUCGAUGGCCGCCUGGUGAAGAAGAUCUGGGUCCCUGAUGUCUUCUUCGUCCACUCCAAGAGGUCCUUCAUUCACGACACCACCACCGAAAACAUCAUGCUGCGUGUCUUUCCUGACGGACAUGUCCUCUACAGCUUGAGAGUGACGGUGACGGCAGCCUGUAACAUGGACUUCAGCCGCUUCCCUCUGGACUCUCAGUCGUGCUCCCUGGAGCUGGAGAGCUAUGCCUACACGGAUGAAGACCUGAUGCUGUACUGGAAGAGCGGGGAUGAGUCCCUGAGCACUGACGACAGGAUCUCCUUAUCUCAGUUCCUCAUCCAGAAGUUCCACACCACAUCCCGCCUGGCCUUCUACAGCAGCACGGGCUGGUACAAUCGUCUCUACAUCAACUUCACGCUGCACCGCCACAUCUUCUUCUUCCUGCUGCAGACGUAUUUCCCCGCCACGCUCAUGGUGAUGCUUUCAUGGGUGUCCUUCUGGAUCGACCGCCGCGCCGUGCCGGCCAGAGUUUCCCUGGGCAUCACCACGGUGCUGACCAUGUCCACCAUCAUCACUGGAGUGAACGCGUCCAUGCCCCGGGUGUCCUACAUCAAGGCGGUGGACAUUUACCUGUGGGUCAGCUUCGUCUUUGUCUUCCUGUCUGUGUUGGAGUACGCCGCCGUCAACUACCUGUCCACCGUCCAGGACCGCCGAGAGCGCAAGAUGAGAGAGCGAGCGCGGUCUCAGUCACUCCCCUGCACCUGUGGGAUCUCCGGGACUCGGACCAUGACCAUGUUGGACGGUACCUACAGCGAGGCGGACACCAACAGCCUGGCCGGCUACACUGAGGAGCCCAUGGUGCCAGAGGAGGAGCAGGAAGAGCUGCACGAGGUUCCGGAAAAACCAGAACACAUGGUGGUGCAUCUCUCAGUGAGCAGCGAGUCCACCACCACCAAGAAGAAGAAGAGCCUGCGUAAGCUCAACAUCAUCCAGAACACGCACGCCAUUGACAAAUACUCACGGAUGAUUUUCCCUGGGUCAUACAUCUUCUUCAACCUUAUCUACUGGUCUGUGUACGUUUGAGACUCUCCGAGCCUGGGCAUAGGCCAGAGAGAAGAACUCACAGACAGGGACUGCUGCAUCAGGAGGGGAGAAGUAGGAGUGCUUUGUGUCUGCAAAGAUUCAUCAUUGACAUUUUGGGAUUCGUUGAACACUCUUGAUAUUUUUUCUCAUGCAGCAAUUUGAAUGUUCACUAUAUAACUAUAAAGAAAAGAAAAUGAUCAUGUGAAUGACGUUUUUACAAUACUCAGCUAUUUAUUUUCCAGCUUCAUGAACGUUGGAACUAAAAGCUAUUCGUCCUCAUUUCUUCCGUUCCUGAGAUGAUGCGGUAAGCUACUUAGUUGAUGGAUCUCUGUAUUUAUAUGUAUUUGUAAUGAUUGCCAAUCAACAUGAUCAAAAGGUUUUUAAUGCCCAUUAUUUAUCAGUCAUCAUUUUAUUCCAAGCAGCAAUUAAAAUUUCAUUUCUAAUACGUCAAGAUAACAGAUUUACAAUAUAUUCUGUAAGCCUGUCAUGGUGUUAUCACUCAAUGUUCAGACAGAGGUUAGCACUGUUAGCCCUGUAUGUAGUGGUGCUUUUAGCUAAAAGCUAUUGUACUAACAUUCUGGUAAUGUUUGCCUUGUUCACCAUCUUUAGUUUAGCAUGCAAACAUACAUACAUACAGCUGAGGCUGAUGGGAAUGUGUGGUCAUAAACCAAAGUACAGGUGAUAGCGUUUUAUGAAACCUUGCAAUCACAAAAGCUAUUAGAAUUUAUUGUGCGGAGAACUUCAAUAUCUUUACCAAAGUUUG